AAUAAAAAGUAAUGAAUUACAGUUUAUCUACCUCUUCUGCAGAGUGUGGUGGGAGGAGGAGUCCGUCAGCCAGGUCUUAUCGUCCCUCCUCCUCCCUCUCUUCCUCCUCCUCUUCAUCAUCCUCCAGAAACAAACCUUCAGCUCACUGCCUGACGGAGGGACUCGUGUGUUUGGAUGCAGAGGAAACUGAUGCUGCAGCAGCAGAUCUGAAGAGAGAAACUCCUGUCCCAAAAUGAAGGGAAGAACAUGUCUUCUCUUCAGCCUCAUCAUAGCAGCAUAUUCCUAUGGCAUUUCUGCUCAGGCUACAUAUACUACAGUGUGUGAAAAUGCCACUGUGGCUGACAUCGUCUUCCUAGUCGAUGGCUCCUCCAGCAUUAGCCCUGACAGCUUUCAGGAGGUCCAGAAUUUUCUCCGCAACAUCAUCAGGGCACUCGACAUCGGCCCCAAAAAAGUUCGGAUCGGCUUGGCACAGUACAGCGAUGCCCCUCAGCGGGAGUUCCUGCUGAAAGACCACAAAGACAAGAAAUCACUGCUGGCUGCAGUGGACAGACUUUCCCUGCAAGGAGGGGGGACAUACACGGGCAAGGCCAUGGACUUCCUCCAUACUCAGUACUUCAUCAAAGACGCAGGGAGCCGAAUCGGCCAACGGGUGCCUCAGAUUGCUGUGGUCAUCACAGAUGGGGAGUCCACAGAUGAAGUGGUUGAUCCCGCCGAAAAGCUUAGGGAACUUGGAAUCAUUGUGUUUGCCAUCGGGGUGGGACAAAUCAACGAGAAGCAGCUUAAGAACAUUGCCAACUGGCCCCCAAGGCGCUUUGUUUACAAUACUGACAAUUACCAGGCUCUGGAGGAUCUGAGGAAGGAUCUGCUACAAGUUGUUUGCACCUCUGUGGAUGAUUUGAGACAAGCUUUGGUGGACAAGUUUGCAGAUAUUUUCUUCUUGGUGGACAGUGGCAUAACUCAAGGACCGUUCUCCGAAUUUAAGUCAGAACUUAAGGAAUUGAUCAAAGAUCUUAACGUUGGAGCGUCCGCCUACCGCAUUGGUUUGGCUCUGUAUGGUCGAGAUACCAAGGCUGAAUUCCUUCUUAAUACUUAUCAAACCAAGCAGGAGACCAUGGAAGCGGUCCAACGUUUGCGUCUGCGUCCACAACCCAACCAACCACGUAACCUGGGCAGGGCUCUGCAGGACGUCAACACUCAGUUCUUCACCCCUGAGGCUGGGGGCCGUGCGCACCGGGGCGCCCGACAGUUUCUGAUUGUUGUGAGUGGAAAAGACUCAGACGACCCGGUGGUGUCUAAGGAGGCUCUUAAAAUCGAAGCAGAAGGCAUAAUUAUAGUGGGGAUGAGUGCAGGUGCAUCACUGAGUGACCUAUAUAGUUUUGCAAGAGUUGAGAAUUCAUUUGAUUCUGUCAGAGUAACUCUUCUGAAGGAUUUGAUCGUAACUGAGGAAAAGGAGGAGGUUUCUGAAGAUUGCAAAGGUGCCAAUGUUGCAGACAUUGUGUUCAUUGUUGAUGAGUCGGGAAGCAUUAGAACUGAGAACUUCCAGCUGGUACGAAGUUUUCUGCACUCGACUGUGAGCAGCCUGAAUGUCAGUCUGACUAGAGUACGAGUUGGCAUUGUUUCGUACAACACGGAAGCCAGAGCACAUGUCUAUCUUAACACAUUCAAAGACAAGGCUGGUGUCCUGCAGUACAUCAACAUCCUGCCUUACAAUGGCGGUGGUACAAACACCGGAGCUGCCCUAAACUUCACACGGGACAAAAUCUUCACUGAAAAAAGGGGCAGCAGGAAAGGUAUUCAGAAGGUGGCGGUGGUGAUCACAGAUGGUAAAUCCCAGGAUCCUGUGACUGAAGCAGCAAGCAGUCUUCGUCGGGCUGGUGUCACCAUUUACGCUGUUGGAGUCAAAGAUGCCACUGAAUCUGAACUGAAGGACAUAGCAAAUCACCCACCUGAAAAGCAUGUUUUUAUUGUGGACAGUUUUGCCAAGCUGAAACCCCUGACACAGACUCUGCAGAAAAUCAUGUGCAAGAACAUCAUUGAUGAAGCGAUCAAAAAACCUGACAUCAAAAAAGUGUGUGAACAACAGGAUGAAGCAGAUAUCUUCUUCCUGAUGGACGAUUCAGGAAGCAUUCAUAAUGAUGACUUCAGUGACAUGAAGACAUUCAUCACUGGGUUUCUUAAUAAAUUCCCUAUUGGACCAAAACAUGUCCGCAUUGGACUUGUGAAAUACUCAACUGAACCAACCUUGGAAUUUGACCUGACAACCUACUCAGAUACCGAUACGAUGAAGAAGGCUGUGGCAAACAUUCAGCACAGGGGAGGUGGGACAAAGACAGGAAAAGCAUUGUCAGAGAUGGGUCAACACUUUAAGAAAGCUUUGGAAAGCCGUCACAAGGUCCCAACAUACCUGAUUGUCAUCACAGAUGGAAAAUCACAAGAUUCAGUUAAGGCACCUGCAGAGGAAUUAAGGGCACAAGAUAUCAAUAUCUAUGCCAUUGGAGUGAAAAACUCAACUGAGGCUGAGCUGAUAGAGAUUGCUGGUGACCGGAAGAGGACUUUCUAUGUCACUAAUUUUGAUUCCCUGAAGUUCAUCAAUGAUGACCUCAUCAGAGACAUCUGUGUUCCUCGUGCUUGUCAAGACGUACCUCUCGACAUCAUUUUCUUAGUGGACAGCUCUGCAAGCAUCUAUUCCGAACACUAUGAGAAAAUGAAAGACUUCAUGAAAUCUAUCAUUAACAAGUCUGUCAUCGGGAUGAAUGAUGUGCAUGUUGGUGUUAUGCAGUUCAGCACUGGUCACAAACUGGAGUUUUCCCUCAGCUCCAACUUCAACAAAAAGGAGAUGUUGAGAACCAUCGAUGCCAUGCAGCAAAUGAAUCAAAAUACUCUCACAGGAAAAGCCAUCACAGAGGUGUCGCAGUAUUUUGAUACAAAAGAAGGAGGGCGUCCAAACAAGGGACAGAAGCUUGUAGUUAUAACAGAUGGCGAGGCCCAGGACGAGGUCAAAGGGCCUGCUGCAGCUCUUAGGGAGAAAGGAGUGGUGAUCUACAGCAUUGGAGUGGGGCCUGCUGUUACCUCCCAGCUGGUAGAAAUCAGUGGUUCAACAGAAAAUGUCUUUUAUUUGAGCAAAUUUGAUGAGUUGGACAAAUUGGAGAACAAGUUGAUCUUGAAGCUCUGCCAUCAAGAUUGUACGACAAUUUCAAAAGCUGACAUUAUUUUCCUUGUGGAUGGCUCCUCAAGCAUAGAUCAAACAGAGUUUGCAAGUAUGCAAACGUUUAUGAAGUCAGUAGUGAACAAAACCACAGUUGGCAAGGAGUGGACUCGUUUUGGGGUCAUUCUCUAUGCCGAUGAUCCCAAGUCUAUUUUUACUCUUAAAACCUAUGGGUCCAAACAAGGUGUUAUUGAUGCAAUUUCAAAGUUGACGGCACCAGGGAUAAACACCUACACGAGCAAGGCCUUGGAAUUCUCUUUACAGUACUUUGGUGCUCAACAUGGCGGCCGGAAAAAAGACAAGGUGCCUCAGAUACUCAUGGUGAUAACAGAUGGGGAAGCCACUGACCCUGAAGGUCUGAAGUCAUCAUCUGAUAAACUGCGAGAAAACGGGAUCACCGUCAUCAGCAUUGGAGUGGAGCAAGCAAAGAAGGAGGAGCUGAAUAUCAUGGCUGGUGAUGACAUAUCCAAAGUUUUCUAUGUGGACAAUUUCGUGGCCCUAGAAAAUCUGUACAAGAAAAUUUUCCCUGUUAUCUGCGAUUCCACCAAGCGAGAUUGUGAGGAGGCCGAUGUGGUCUUUCUACUUGACCGGUCAAGUAGCAUUACCCCAGAAAAUUACACCAUCAUGUUAAACUUCACGAAAGAACUAGUGAAGACCCUUGAUGUCAGAAAAGACUUUAUCCGUGUUGGAUGUGCGCAGUUCGCUUCAGCUCCUCACCAUGAGUUUUAUCUCAGUGAUUACACAGAGAAGAAGGAUGUGAUGUCACGAAUUGACAGUCUGUCCUACAUUGGUGGAAACACCUAUCUUGGUGAAGCCUUGAAACACAUUAAGGAUUAUUUUGAUGCAUCACGCGGCAGUCGUAGAUCUGUCGGGAUCCCCCAGAAUCUGGUGUUGAUCUCAGAUGGUGAUUCUCAUGAUGAUGUGGAGGAAGCAGCUGACAGUCUCAGGGCUCUGGGGAUUGUGGUGUUUGCCAUUGCUGUUGGAGACGUCCACGAUCUGCAGCUUCUGCAGAUCGCUGGCACCCCAGAGAGGCUGUUUACUGUGCAGAACUUCAAGGGCUUGGUAACAAUCAAGCAAAAGGUGAUCGAUGCCAUUUGCCCACGUGACGAACCUGAGGAGGGAUGCUCCAUUGAUAUCGCCAUGGGAUUUGAUAUCUCUCAAAAAAGAGCUGUGGGUGAGACACUGUUCAGUGGCCACACCAAGCUGAAGGCCGUUCUGCCAGAGAUCGCCCAUUACGUUUCCACAGUACCUGUCUGCUGCGUCAGCCCCUCACCUGUGAAGACCAGAAUCGCCUACCAAGUGGUAGAUCGCACUGGACGUCCUUUGUAUGAUCCAGUUUUUGAAGAAUACAAUGAGGAAGUGGUGAAGAAAGUCAUGAACCAUCAGGUGUCGGUCCCUACCUUCUUCAACCGUGCCCUGCUGCAGGCCUUCACGAAGACCUUUGAGACCCAGUCCAAAGCAAAUGUAAAGGUGCUGGUGAUCUUCUCAGACGGACUUGAAGAACGCGAUGAAGAUGUGAUGGAACUGAAGAAAGAAACGUACCUCCUGGAAAAGUCUGGGAUCAACGCUCUGCUGACUGUGGCUCUGGAGGGAGUACCUGACACCGCCCAUCCACAGAAGGUGGAGUUUGGCCGAGGAUUCACCCACCACCGUCAUCUGAGCAUUGACAUGCGGAGUAUUGGCAGCACCAUCCUCGAACAGAUUGACGCGGUGUCAGAUAGAGUGUGCUGUAACGUCCAGUGUAAAUGUACAGGACCUGCAGGUGUCCGUGGAUCUCCAGGCAGACCAGGGACAAAGGGUCUGCCUGGACGGAGGGGUCAGCCAGGCUUCCCGGGAGACGAGGGAAUGAUUGGUGACCGAGGGUUUCCUGGACCAAAUGGAACUCACGGCAUCCAGGGCUGUCCUGGACUCAGUGGACUGAAGGGCUACAGAGGCACCUCAGGCGACAGGGGUGAGAAUGGAGAAGAUGGACUGGACGGAGUCGACGGCGAGCAGGGAGUGACGGGACUCGACGGAGCUCGAGGAGAGAGAGGACACCCAGGAAACCCAGGUAUCCCAGGUAUCGGUGGGGAGGUGGGGCUGAAAGGACAGCGAGGACUGAGAGGAGAUCCGGGUGAACCAGGUACCGACAACACCGUCCCCGGAGCCAAAGGAGAACCCGGCAACCCAGGUUUACCGGGUCCAGCUGGACAAGAUGGGCGGCCAGGUCGUGCAGGAGUUACUGGAAACCCGGGUCUAGAUGGAAGAAGAGGUCCUGAUGGUGGGAAGGGUUUACCUGGUGACCCAGGCACUCGAGGACUCCCAGGCAGCCCAGGUGCUUCUGGUCCACAGGGACGUGCAGGGGCCAAAGGUGACCCAGGACCGAAAGGAGUCUCUGGAUUUACUGGACCUCAAGGUGCAUAUGGACGACCUGGAGACCCGGGAGCAGCUGGACGUCGCGGCCCUAAUGGACAGAAGGGUCAACCAGGAGAUCCGGGUAUAAAGGGUGCUCCAGGAUCACGGGGACCCAGAGGGAUGCCGGGUCAGGAUGGUAGAGAUGGUAAUGGAACUCCAGGAAACAAAGGUGCCAAGGGAGAUCCUGGUUUUCCUGGAUACCCCGGUCCACCGGGUGAGGGCGGUCAGGAGGGAACCAAAGGAUAUCCAGGACGCAAAGGGAACGAUGGUCGAGGGGGGAACUCAGGCAGACCAGGAGAAGACGGUGGGCCUGGAGAUCCAGGAUAUCCAGGACACAGGGGUCCCAGAGGUCCUCCUGGUGCCAAGGAAUCUGAGUGUCAGCUGAUCAACUUAAUCAGAGACAACUGUGCGUGUUCUCCUGGUCCGUUACACUGCCCAGCCUACCCCACCGAGCUGGUGUUUGGUCUGGACAUAUCUGAAGACGUGACCCCGGUCGUCCUUGAGAGGCAGCGCUCUGCUCUCCUCUCUCUGCUGGAGGACAUCACCAUCGCCGAGAGCAACUGUCCAACAGGCGCCCGGGUCGCUGUGGUGGGAUACGGUGCAGACGUCAAGUAUCUGAUCCGCUUCUACGACUACCGCCUUAAGAAACAACUGAUAGAAGCUGUGAAGAACAUCGCUCUGGGGCAUUCAACUAACCGGCGCCAACUGGGGGCUGCCAUGCGCUCUGUGGGUCAUAACACAUUCAAACAUGUACGUUCAGGACUUGGGAUUAGGAAGGUGGCGGUGUUUUUCUCCAGUGGGCCGACCCAGGACACUAACAACAUUGUUACUGCCAUGAUGGAGUACCAGGCUCUUGACAUUGUCCCGGUGGUGAUCUCUCUGCGAAGCACUCCUGCUAUUAGUCGAGCAAUGGAGGUUGAUGAAUCAAGACGCUCCAUCUUCACAGUACUGGGGAGGGACAUGGCGGCUGACUUGCGGAAGGUCAAGAACUGUGCAAUCUGUUUCGACCCCUGCACGCGUACAGAAGAAUGCAACUUCAUCCGGGACGUGCGAGCUCCUCAGGAAGUGGAUGCAGACCUGGUCAUGGUGUUGGACAGCUCCAGGGAGAUGCAGGCCGAUGAGUACGCUGGUGCCCAGCAGCUGCUGGGCUCUGUGGUGGAGCAGCUGGUUGUGAGCCGGCAGCCCCGCAGGGCCGGCAGCCAGGCCCGGGUGGCUGUAGUCCAGCAGAGCGGCACCAGAGCUCCCAAGGUGGAGUUUGACCUGCAGACCUACCAGAACCACAACGCAAUGAGGACACACCUGAUCCAGAACAUGCAGCAGCAGGGCGGUGCCUCGGCACUGGGACAGACGCUGGACUUCACCCUGAGGGAGGUGCUCCUGAAGGCCAGUCAGCCCCGCAGGAAGAGGGCGGUGCUGGCUGUGGUGGGCACCCAGACGGCUUACUCAGACCGGACCAAGCUGCAGUACAUCUCCCAGAAGGCCAAGUGUGAGGGGGUGGCGCUGUUUGUGGUGACAGUCAGUAAUCGCUACAACCGGACACAGGUGGAGGAGCUGGCCAGUGCGCCCACAGCGCAGCACCUGAUCCACGUCAGCAGACUGAAGCCUGACGAGCAGGGCUUCGCCCAGCGCUUCUUCAAAGUCUUCCUCUCUGCCCUCAACAAGGGAAUGAACGCGUAUCCUCCUCCUGUAUUAAGACAGACCUGCGGGCAACUGAAAGAACCAGAUGAAGGUAUGGGGUCGGCAGAUCUAGAGGUGGGAGAUGAGCCGGAGGUGGAGAGGUUCCAGCCACAGAUGGGAGGACAGACUCAGAUCAAACAGCUGGAUGUUGUCAACACGAUGACCAGAGGACACAGCCAGAGUUCACCCUCAGGAGCCGAGCUCAACGAUGUCUGCUCUCUGGCGCAGGACCGCGGCAGCUGCAAGAACUACACCAUAAUGUGGUUCUUCGACAACAGUCUGGGUAGAUGUUCUCGCUUCUGGUACGGAGGCUGCGGCGGCAAUGAGAACCGCUUCUGGACACAGAAGGAGUGUGAGAACCGAUGUCCCACCAAGACUCCAGGAAGAAGAGGAGACGUUAUAAGACGUCGCCGGAUUGGUUGAAGAAAACUGCCGCUCUGCACUCAACAUAAAUCAGGAAUAACCUUAAAACACACAUGCAUCUUCAAGGCAAAAUAGAAAUAUUUAAAAGCCGAGAUCACAGCUGAGUCUGUUGUGGUUCAGUGAAACUGUCGAUCAAAACACAUCCAGGAAAGUUUACACUGAUCCAGAGCUCGGCUGCUGCUGGUUAACAGGCUUUUCAUACGGAUCAGUUGUUUUUUAUUUUCUCUCGAAUAUGCAUGUUUUGUUUUUCCCAAAAAAGAGAGCAUUUUAUUUCUGUGAAUUCCCCUUGGAGAUUUCUGUUUGUUGCACUGAAGAACUUUCUGUUGGACGAUGAUUCCACCUUUUUACUGUAUCUGAUCGACACUCAACAGAGACUUCAGCUGCUUCCUUCAGGAUUUUUAAAAGUUUCUUUAUGACCUGAGGUGCUAUUUUUCCUGCUGAUCAAACACCAACUUUUUUGAGCAGCUAGAUGAAUUGAAAAGCAGGUCAAGUCAGUAACAUUUCUACAGCAACAUUAUAUAUUUUGUAAAAGUUUCUAAUUAAAUUGUACCUCUCUGAAAUAUCUCCAAAACUCAGCAGGUUCUGUCAGUGUGUUUCCACAUUUAAAGGAGAAACAACCCAAAACGUGCGAUAAAUUAAAGGUGACGUUCCCCAUCUGACAACUAUUCACAUAAAACAAUACAAAUCAUGACCCCUUCAGUGAUUCACAACCUUUUGACCUUUGACAUAUUCAAAAGAAGGAACUCCUGAUGGUGACCCUUCAUCACAGGCUCCAGCCUCAGUUCAGGUUGUGAAUUUGUUCCAUUUGAAGCAUUUUUAAAGGUGAGAGCUUCCAGUUUUUGGGUUUUUGCUGCUGCUCCAGCCAAUCAGAGAUGAGAUGAUUGAUGUCGAUGCUGUGCAGCUGUGUGGAGGUGUGGACACUUGUAUUUACUGUUGAUCCUCUCAGUGUUUCUGAUGAAGGGUACGAGACUGAACUGUCAUGCUGUUGGAGGUUUGUUUGGCCUCAGACCUGAGCUCUCUUUAAAUCUGAUUCAGUGACUGAGAGGAUCAUGUUUGCUGUAUGUGAGUAGGAAGACAAUACACUGCACAGUUGACUUAAAAUGAUGUGUGACCAAAGUAGCAGCUCACCUCAGAACCAAGCAGUACUCCCUAUUUACCACAAGGUGGCGCUAAACCACUUGAUUGGAAAUCUUAAUAAUAAUAACAUACAGUUAUUCAGAGGUCAGAGGAACUUUCUCUUUAAAUAGUUGUAGUAAGACCCGUUAAACAGCAGUGCAGUGUAACGCAGUACAUUUACACAUAAGUACAAAUCUGAGGUUCUACACUUUAAUGAAACUUUAUACUUGUAUUAUAUUUUAGACAGAAGAAUCAUACUUUUUACUCAACUAUUUACACUUUAGACUUUUCAUAUGCAACGUAUGAGAAGCUUAAAAAAUGAUGUUUUAUUAGAGAUUAAACUACUCAACAGUUUAUAUAGGUUGAUUUAUUGAUUAGUUGAUUGAUAGAAACUUGAUGUCUUGAUGUAAAAAUAAAAGUUUGAAAAGUUGGCAUCAGUUAAAAAAAUGUGUUAUGAUUCUUUGUUUUGUUUUGUUUUGUUUUGAUCAGUCGAUCAUCAAAGUUGUUGCUAGUUUGUGUUCUGUCAGUCAACUAAUUGAUUAAUCAACUAAUCAUAUCAACCUGAGAGUACUGGUUGGUUUCCAGGUGGCAACAGGGAUCAGGUGCCCCUUCAAGGUUUAAUCAGAAUGUAUAAGAAAUGUAAGUGAACCACUAACUGAAUAAAUACAACAUGAAAAAUCCUUUUAA